GGACCGGCUCGGACGGCGAUGGCGGCGCUGGGCCUGCCGUUUGCCCUGCUGCUGCUGCUGCUCAUGCUGCUGCUCGGACGGUUCACCGGCGCCGCCAAGGAUUUUGAGGAUGUCCGAUGCAAAUGCAUUUGUCCACCUUAUAAAGACCAUUCUGGUCAAAUUUAUAAAAAGAACAUCACCCAGAAAGACUGCGACUGCCUGCAUGUAGUGAAUCCCAUGCCAGUCCUGGGGCCUGACGUGGAAGCGUACUGCCUUCGUUGUGAGUGCAAAUACGAAGAGCGAAGUUCCGUCACGAUAAAAGUCACCAUUAUCAUCUACCUGUCCAUCCUGGGCCUCCUGCUGCUGUACAUGGUGUACCUCACGCUGGUGGAACCCAUCCUCAAGAGACGCCUCUUCGGGCACUCGCAGCUGAUACAGAGCGACGAUGACGUUGGGGAUCACCAGCCGUUCGCGAAUGCCCAUGACGUCCUGGCCCGUUCCCGCAGCCGGGCCAACGUGCUGAACAAGGUGGAAUAUGCCCAGCAACGCUGGAAACGCCAGGUUCAGGAACAGCGCAAAUCCGUCUUCGACCGCCACGUUGUGCUCAGUUAAUUGGGGGCCCGACGCCCCGCACAGCGACCGCAAGCAAGCGAGUAAGAAGGACCGUUGGAAAGAGCUGGCUGAAGUCUUCCUGAUGAUUUCUAUUUUACCUCCCGCUGAAGAAUUUCGACCAGACUCUCGAUGGGUGGUUCCCAACGGGUAGCAGCCAUGUGUUUGAUCUUUAUAAAAUAUCCAAGUGUUAUAAAUGUUCGAAACCCACAUCUCUGUAGCCAAGAGAACCCAAUAAAUAACCGUCCUUCUCUGGUGGCUUUGACUAACGAUA